UGUAGUAACAAACCCUUCACUGUUUCUCUGCUGCUGAUCUUCUUUCUUCUUCCUCCAGGCUCUAAUGUCGAGCUCCGCAGGUUGGGACCGGGCCGGACCGAGGCUGUUGCCCCGCUUACUGCUCCUGCUGGCCGGACUCACGGUGCUCAGCGGGCCGGUCGGAGCCUCGUCGCAGCCGGGGAAAUGGAUCCUAAACGUGGACAGCGAAUCAAUAAAGAAGCAGAAUUACUUCCUCUUCACUAAAACUCUGUUUAACAGCACCUUCAUCCAUCUGAAAUUAUCCUGUAACUCGUCGUCUCCGGUCCAGUUAAACGUCUCCUGGUAUCUGAGGAACUCUCACUGCUACAACGAAGUCUUCAACCAGAACAUGCUGCUGGCUGAAAAUUACUUCAAGUCGACGAUGGUCCAACCAGAAGGAGGAAGUGGUUUCUAUGUUUUCCACAAAUAUCCAACCAUCACCUGUCAGCAGCACAUUAACCCCAACAUGUUCGGCCUCGAUGUGUUUGAGAUGAUAACCCGACUGACAGAACCGAAGCAGGAAACGCCAGAUGUAGGGACGGGUUUGAAAAGGACGAGGAGAGCACCGAUGCCCCCUCCAAAACCAAAGGCUGCUGCAGAGAAGACCAACAAAACAGAAACAGGAAAAACUGAUGUUAAAGAGGUGGCCUCUCAUCCUCACUUUGACGCGGUGGCAGAGAGUUGGGAGGACGGACCGUACAUGUUCAUCCUCAACAUCCUAGAGGUGAAAGACAAAAGCCGAGCCCCCGACCCCAACAAUCCUCCUGCACCCUGGAGCCUCCAGCUGCAGGUCAGCAUGAAGGGUCCUCACGACUACAUAUCAGCCCAUGAAUGGCCUCUGAUGGUGUUCUACAUGGUGAUGUGUAUCGUCUACGUGCUGCUGGCGUUGCUCUGGUCGCUCCUGUCUGCGUGCUACUGGAGGGAUCUGCUCAGGAUCCAGUUCUGGAUCGGAGGAGUCAUCUUCCUGGGAAUGUUGGAGAAAGCCGUUUACUACGCCGAGUUUCAGAGCAUCAGAUACGACGGUUUGUCAGUCCAGGGGGCGGUAGUGUUCGCUGAGGUCCUGUCUGCAGUGAAGAGGACUCUGGCUCGGGUCCUCGUCAUCAUCGCCAGCCUUGGAUACGGCAUCGUCAAGCCCAGACUCGGCGCGUUGCUCCACAGAGUCGUCGGAGUCGGUCUGCUCUACCUGAUCUUCUCCAUCGUCGAGGGCAUCCUACGAGUCAACACUGAUCGAGGCGAUGACAACAGCAGUAAGGUUUUGUGUGACAUAGUGCUGGCCUUCAUUGACUCCUGUAUUGUCUGGUGGAUCUUCGUGAGUCUGGCUCAGACGAUGAAGCUGCUGAGGCUGAGGAGGAACGUGGUGAAGCUUUCCCUCUACAGACACUUCACCAACACGCUCAUCUUCGCCGUCAUAGCAUCGGUCAUCUUCAUCAUUUGGACCACCAAGACCUUCAGGAUGUCUAAAUGUGGAUCUGACUGGAGGGAGAUCUGGAUCGAUGACGCUUUCUGGCGCUUCCUGUUCUCCAUCAUCCUAUUGGUCAUCAUGUUCCUAUGGCGACCAUCGGCCAAUAACCAGAGGUACGCCUUCAGCCCUCUGAUAGAUGAAGAGAGCGGGGAAGAGGAGGAGCAGGAACCCAUGAUGAACGAAGCUUUCGAGGGGAUGAAGAUGAGGGGAAUGAAGAUCGAGACCAACGGCUCGGCCAAAGCCAACAAAGUGGAUGAGGAUCUGAAAUGGGUAGAAGAGAACAUCCCAACAUCUAUGGCAGACGUUGCUCUGCCACCUCUGCUGGACUCUGAUGAGGAAAUCAUGACAACCAAGUUUGAGAUGUCUAAGAUGGAGUGAUGAUGAAGAAGAAGAAAAAGAAAAAGAAGGAGUCUGGUAAAAAAAAAUAAUAAUAACAACGAGACGAAUGAAGAAAUAAAACAGGAUAUUUUGUGAAUGAGGUGAAGUGAAAUUUUAAAAAAUGCACAUGAAGAGAGGAAAAGAAAAAAAAGAUGGAAGUGAUGGAUGAAAAGAGGGAAGGUGGAGAGAAAGAGAGAAAGAAGUGUUUUUUGCUUUAGGAGGCGGAAGAAGUGUCAGUUUGUGAUUGAAUCCCUGAAUUUAUGAGCUUUGUAAGCCUUUAUGUACAUAACAGUGGGAGCGAACCCAUCACAGCGGCACACAGAAGCUUUUUAUUUUUCCUUUUUAUUGCCUGUUUGUAUUUAUAUCGAUUAUAAAUAUAUAUAUACAGUAUAUUUUGACAAAUUUGAUGUUAAUGAGGUUCUGUGCUACAGAGCGGCUCGUUUGCCUUUUUCACUGUUUACAUUCAGAAAAUGUGAUUUUUUUUUUUUUUUGGUUUUUGUGUUUUUUUUCGGAUCUUGUCUCGUCAAUUUUUUUGUUUUUUUUUGUUUUUUUUCACGGUUGCCAUGACAGUAACUCCCAUCGUCUCUGCUGUUGCUAUUCUGUUGUUUUUAAAUAUAUUUUGUUCAUAGAUGUUGCGUGAAGUUUCUUUUUGGAUCCUUUUCGAAAACUGUAAAGAGAAAAAAACCAAAGUUGUGAAUCGAAUCAAAAAGUUAGAAAAACAAACAAACAUGAGAUGUGAAUGAGAAUAAAUGUUUCUCUUAAUUUGUCUU